GGGGUGGGGCCAGGCCCCCGCGCGGCGUCUGACGUCCCGCGUGGCGGCGGCGCGCAGCGGCGUGCGGAGCGGGCGGCCGCGGCGGGGUGCGAAGAGAAAACAAUGACAAUCCAGUGGGUGGCAGUUGCAAGCUUCCUCUAUGCUGAAAUAGGACUCAUUUUAAUCUUCUGUCUGCCUUUUAUUCCUCCUCAGAGGAAGUUGUAUGACGCGCACAACGGAAACAGAAGUUCUGUUGAUUACAGAUGGCAGAAGAUUUUUUCAUUUAAUGUCUGGGGUAAGAUUGCAGCUUUUUGGAACAAAGCUUUCCUUACCAUUAUAGUCCUAUUGAUUGUUCUGUUUCUAGAUGCUGUGAGAGAAGUAAGGAAAUAUUCUUCAAAUCAUGUCAUCGAGAAGAGCACAACCAACAGACCUGGGGCCUAUGAACAUACACAAAUGAAACUUUUUAGAUCUCAAAGAAAUCUUUACAUUUCUGGAUUUUCAUUAUUUUUUUGGCU